GAUCUGAGGCCGGCUACACGCGACGCCCACCACACGAGUCGAGAGCCUCAUCUAGGGUUAGGGUUUCCCCGCCAUGGACGACGCGGCGGCGGCGGCGGCGAGGAGGUGGGUGCAGUGGGAGGAGGUCGUGGUAUCCAACGACCGGGGCCGGCGCCUGGUGCACUACUACCUCCGCGGCGAGCCCGGCGCCGGCGGCGGGGAGGAGAGGGAGCUGGCGGUGGUGGGGCGGGAGCGGAGCCCGCGCCACAUGUCGUACGCGGUGCAGGGCCGUUUCCUGCGCUCGCUGGCCGCCGCGGGCGACGGGUCGGCCGCGCCAUCGCCGUCCCAGUCCCCUGCUGCGGCGGCGGAGGGCGCCCCGAGGAAGUGGCGGUCCAGGCGGGAGGUCGUCGAUUGGCUCUCCUCUCUCGUUUCCGGUUGUAAUGAUGGGACUUACUCAAUGGCUAAUAGGUUCCAUGGAAAUUCGUAUGAUGACAUUGAUGUUGACUUUGUUGAUGUUGCUGCCUCAAUGGAUGUUUCUACUACUACAUUAGUCAGGAACAGCUCGAAAGACUUAACAUGGUUAGGUCCUGCAUGGCACUGCCAAAAAAGAUGGAAACACUACAGAUCCUUCUGCCGUAGGGGAAUUACUAUUUCGGUGCAUAAUUUUGUCUACAUCAUGAGCGAAGAGAAGAAGCGACUCAUUGCGUAUGUGGAGGAUCUGUAUGAGGACUCAAAUGCACUCAACAUGGUCAUUGUACGAUGGUUUGACAAAGUUGAUGAGGUUGGUGUUGAAUUGCCCCCAAAUGUUGAUGACAGAGAGAUUUUCUUUUCUCAUGGUCUUCAAGAUCUCAAUGUUGAAUGCAUCGAUGGAUUGGCUGCAGUCCUUAGCGCUCAGCACUUCGAGAAGUUCCAGAGUGGCAUGAAACACAGCUAUUGGCAGCCUUACCUUUGCCGCCGUCAGAUCAAUAAUGAUGAUGUCAAACCUUUUGACAUCACGCAGUUGCAAGGGUAUUGGAGCCAGGAAUUGCUUAAGGCCAUGUUUAAUGCAGGUUCUUCUUUAAAGGUACGAUUUAAGGUAACUAAAGGGGGGCCUAGUUCUGAUGGAGCGCAGAAGAGGAAAUCUGAUGCAUUCAAUGAUGACAAUUAUCAACAGAGGCGUCUUCCUUCUGGUGGGUUCCUUUCGGAUUCUGUAGAUUUGGACCAUAGCCUUCAAAAACAGCUAAAUCCUGGUUGCCAUGCUGAAAUCCUGUCACAGGACAGUGGCAUUAGGGGCUGUUGGUUUAGAUGCUCAAUCUUAAAGAGGCAUAGAGAUAAGAUCAAGGUGCGAUACCAAGAUCUUCAGAAUGCUGAUGAUACAGGAAAUCUGGAGGAGUGGGUUUUGCUGACAAGGAUCGCUAAUCCUGAUCAGUUGGGUAUUCGCAUCUCUGGAAGGCCAAUGGUUCGGCCACGCUAUGUGAUGCAAGAUAGCAAGGACCCAUGCUCCAUUGAUAUUGGUGCCCUUGUUGACGCAUGGUGGAAUAGUGGCUGGUGGGAGGGUAUUGUAUUGCAGUGUGGAAAUGAUGGACGUCUUCAAGUUUAUUUUCCAGGAGAAAAGCGGGUAGCUUAUUUUGGUAUAUGUGAUUUGAGGCAAUCACUUGAGUGGGUCGGUGACAGAUGGAUUCCUUUGAAGGAACGAAAAGACAUCAUGAGCCACUUGCCUCCUACUCCAGAAUGUGAAGAUGGAGCCUUUAGCAAACUAGUCGGCCAAAAGGAUAGUCCUUCUACAGUACCAGAAUCUGGCGAGAGGUGCGAUGAGAAAUCUUUGGGCAACAAGAUCUCUCGGGGUCAGAAGCGUGUUCUGGCCGAUCUCACGAAUGAUCUGAAGCUUGAUAACCUGAAGUGGAUGGCAAGAAAGCGGAGCAGAAGAUGCAGCUCGAAAAGGCAGUCAGGCACUAGCAGCGGUAGCAGCAGCCAGGGAGACAUGGAGGAGUCUAGUCCCUGUGGAAUUAAUUCAGUGCCUGAUGAAGAAGUUUGCAAGAGCAAUGGAGAGCCAAUUUUCAUCGGUUUGCCAGUUUCCAGCUUGGUGAUUUCCAGGAGGAUGAUAGAGCACUAGCUGACUGACUUCCUCUUCCAGAUUUCAACAGCCUCGGCGAGAUGUGAGUUUUGCUGCAUCCCCGUGUUAUUUUGUCCUGGGAUCUGGAUAUAGAAAUUUUGAAAGCUCAUCCGCGCUGACAUGUCUCUUUGGUGUCAUCAUGGCAAGUAUACAGUUGUAUUUACAACUAAUUUAUAGAGUUUUGUUUUUCCUUUUGCAGCCACAGUGUUUGUAGGAUACAGUAGGAGUUCAUUUUGUAGGGGGGAAAUAUGUUCAGCUGCAAUUCCAGUUUGGCAGUUUCCAAAGUCCUUUUUGUUGGCAUUGCAGUGAUCUAAAUUUCUUCAUAAUUGUUAUAGAAGCUGGGCUUAUCGAACAAUUGAUGUUAUACUAUCCCAGAAAUGAGAUGAAAAUACUUUCA